AUGGCAGACGCUCAACCAAGCCGCCAGCUCCAUCUGACGGCCUUCAUGCGACCAGUAUCAUUGCACACAGGCGCCUGGCGCUAUCCAGGAUCCUACCCAGAUGCCAACUUUAACUUCAAACAUAUCUCUGCUUUCGCCCAAAAGCUCGAAGCAGCGAAGUUCGACGCCUUCUUCAUGGCGGAUCACCUGGCCGUGCUAAACAUGCCUGUCGAGGCCCUCAAGCGCAGCCACACGGUCACCUCUUUUGAACCCUUCACUCUGCUGUCUGCCCUUUCAUCAGUGACAAAGAAGAUCGGUCUCGCAGCAACAGCGAGUACAACGUAUGACGAGCCGUAUCACGUUGCCAGGCGGUUUGCCAGUCUCGACCACUUGAGCGAGGGACGAGCGGCCUGGAAUAUUGUGACAACGGGGAAUCCCGAGUCGAGCCAUAACUUCGGAUUCGACGAGCAUAUGGCUCAUAGCGAUAGGUAUAAGCGAGCGCGGGAAUUUUAUGACGUUGUGACAGGGCUAUGGGAUAGCUUUGCCGACGACGCAUUUACCCGCAAUGUCGAGACGGGGAUAUACUUUGACCCCGAGAAGUUGCACACAUUGAAUCACUCAGGCGACGAUUUCAAAGUGCGAGGGCCCUUGAACAUUGCGCGGCCGCCGCAGGGAUGGCCUGUAAUUGUCCAAGCGGGACAGAGCGAACCGGGCCGGCAAUUGGCGGCCGAGACGGCCGAGGUGGUGUUUUGUAGUCCCAAGGAUUUGGAGUCUGCGAAAGCACUUUAUGCGGAUAUCAAGGGACUAGUGGAGAAGGCUGGUCGUAAGCGAGAUAGCCUGAAGAUUCUCCCGGCAGCCAUGUUCAUUGUUGGGGAGAGCAAGCAGGAUGCGUGGGAGAAGAGGCUCAAACUAGAUAGUCUGGUGCAUUACGACAGCGGCAUCGCAUCCUUAUCCAUCGCAGUGGGAUCGGACAUCAGCGGCCUUGACCCGGAUGGACCCUUGCCGACAGAUUUGCCCGAGACGAACGGAAGCAAGACGAUGAGGGAAAGCGUGGAAAAGGUGGCCAGAGAGGAGGGACUCACGGUUCGUCAGCUUGCCCAGCGACAGGGCGGGUACUCGGGAUUGGCAUUCCUUGGAUCUCCACAGGAGAUUGCAGAUGAGUUGGAAAUCUGGCUGCGCGAAGAGGGUGCAGAUGGGUUCACCUCUGUGUUUCCGUUCUUGCCGCAGGGACUGGACGAGGUGACGAAUCGGCUGAUCCCGGAGCUGCAGCGCAGGGGUCUCUUCCGUAAGGACUACACUGGCUCAACACUGCGUGAGCACCUUUGUCUGGCGAGACCAGGCAAUCAAUUCUUUAACUAG